AUGAGCCCCGCAGCAUCAUUGAACGGUUCUUACCAUGCAUCCUGUGCAUCCGACCAUGAAGAGUCGAGCUUCCUAAAGCGCAUUCGUGUCCUCCACUGGGUUCGACUAGGACUUGCGUUUCUUGCUUUAGGCAUUUCCAUCUCCAUCAUAGCUUGUGAGGUUGCGCCUUAUCGGCAUUACCGAAGCACAUCUGCAUACGAGAGCGUCGGGCUCUACCUGUGGCCCUUGAACUUCGACUUGCGUCCAACCAUUGCUCUCCUGGCAUGUGGCUGCGUAAUCGCCUUCCUGAGUCUGUUCUUCAUCAUUGUCGCUCUUCUGCCCUCGCCCCAUUCACAUAUUAGACGCGUGAACAUGGCCGCGGUUGCAACCUCGGCUUCUGGAUUCAUCGCUGCACUCGUGGGACUCAUUUUCGCCAUCUAUCUCCCAGGGUCAUCUUACCCCGAUGAUUUUGACGGCGUCGAAACCCUCCACUCCUGGACCUGCAAGUGGAAGCGCUCCCACGACCUCCCGGGGGGGUUUUCAAACGAAGACGAGACGGCCUCGCCUGUCCCGUCCCAGUUUGCACGAGACUGCUCAGCGACCUAUGCUGCGUUCAUUCUGCUGGGCUUCCUGAUCGGACUCGAAAUCAUCAUGGGUGUUGCUGCCGGAGUGGGCACUUGGCUUGAAUUGAGCGUUGCUAAACAGCGAGGCCAGGAUCAGUACCACCUUGAGAAGGUUGAAACUACCUUUAAGCAGCAUAGGUAA